CGGUCAGUCGCAGUCCGAGAGUUUCUGCAGUAUUUAUUUUAGUUUAUAGAUAGUUCAGAGCUCUUUAGCACUCAGGCUUCACUCUGCAGUUAAAUACGAGGUGGUUAAACCUGCAGUUUGAACUUCACCUGAUGGACUAAACGUUAGCGGCGUCACCGUUUCUACCUGCAUAUAUUCUCCAUUCAGCAGCACAAUGCUGGACUCUACAAUGAACAAGAACGGGAUAGUGACCAACAUCCACACCAAAAUACACACAGAGCCGUUUAAAAACUACUACGAGCUGGUCGGGAAAGAACUCGGCAGAGGAAAGUUUGCUGUUGUAAAGAAGUGUGUGGAGAAGGCCACAGGGAACGAGUUUGCCGCAAAGUUCCUGAGGAAACGACGGAAGGGCCAGGACUGCCGUGCCGACAUCCUGAACGAGAUUGCUGUUCUUGAGUCAGCCAAGGCCAACCCGUACGUUGUGGGGCUACACGAGGUGUAUGAGACCAGUAGUGAGAUCAUCCUGGUGCUGGAAUGUGCCGCUGGAGGGGAAAUCUUCAACCAGUGUGUGGCGGAUAACGAUGAAGCCUUUACAGAGAAAGAUGUCAUCCGAUUGGCUCGGCAGAUUCUCACAGGAGUUGCCUUCCUUCAUCGCAACAACAUUGUCCAUUUGGACCUGAAGCCUCAGAACAUUCUGCUGACCAGCGCUCAGCCGCUGGGUGAUAUAAGGAUCGUAGACUUUGGCCUGUCACGUCGUGUGGACAGCACCUCAGAAGUUCGGGAGAUUCUGGGCACUCCAGAGUAUGUAGCUCCUGAAAUACUAAACUACGAGCCAAUCACCACAGCUACAGACAUGUGGAGCAUCGGCGUGCUGACGUAUGUGAUGUUGACCGGCGAGUCUCCAUUUCUGGGAGACGACAAACAGGAAACCUUUCUCAACAUCUCCCAGGUCAACGUUGACUACUCGCAAAACGUCUUCCACGGAAUCUCCUCACUCGCUGUAGAUUUUAUCAAGUCCUUGCUCCACAAAAACCCCAGAAAACGCUCCACAGCUGAUGAGUGCCUGAACCAUCCUUGGUUAAACACAGACUCCACCAACCACUCUCCGUCCACCUCGCUUGACGAGCAAGAGGCCAGCCAAUCAGAAUCAGAGCCAGAGUCUCCUACCCCUUCUCCUGAGGUGUCUAUCAUUUUGUCAUAUCCUACAUACCCUGGGCAAGGGGACCUCAAGACUGGUUGGGACACUUUCACGUUUUCCGAAUCAUUCCCGUCACGGCCUGAAAUGCAGCAGGAGUUGAUCUGUUAGUGAAAGACGUGACUGCUGAUCAGACGAGGGCUCGAUCAUCCUGUCGGACAGCGAGAGUCUUCGCUCGUGCUGGUGUGAGCUGGAUCUGACGGCGUUGAUUCACUCAGGUGUUUUGUAUGCGUGUGUGUGUAACUGUGUGCACUUGUGACUGGAGUAAGUGCCAUUUAUCUAGCCCUUAAGAAGCCCACAAUAAAGCAUUUGUAAGUUAUUAAUAUAAUGUUCUUUUAAUCAGGCCACCCUGAACUUUAAGGGGUCUGAACUUCUUUGCAUCCACACACACUGUACAUUGUAAAUAAUGUUGGAGCUUCUCUGCAGUCAGUCUGCUGGUCAGAAAUGAAUUGUGAAUAAUCCGUAUGGCGAAUGUUAAUGAGGUCAAGGAUGACGGAUGGACACUUGUUUAGAAAACCAAGCUGUGAGCCCGGGAGCUCCCUCGUCUGCUUUCUCCUCUGCCAGCAGAUCUGUUCGUACUGUUCUUUUCAUCGGGUCCCUAUAUUAGGAUGAUCAAACUCUUGGGACUGAAUCUCCAGUAAAACGUUUAAGGAGUUUGAACUGACUAUAACAAAUCUUUUUUUAAGCACUUUUGUUAUUUAAAAAAAAUGACAGUUUAGCCUUAAAUGUGUGUUGACGGGGGCAUAUGUGCUGAAGACUUGUUAACAUGGUUCAGAUAAGCACAGUUAUGAAGUUAAAGAUGUUCAGACACGUACCUAAACACACCCCAUUACUGUAACACGUUCCCUCACCGCCACCACCAAGGGCCACCCGGCGUUUUUGUUCCAACUUAUUCAAAAUGUUUUGCUUUGGUUGCACAACUUUUGUAUAGUACUUAUGUUUAAGAAAUUAGUGCCAUUUUUUUCCUUUCAUCUGUUUUUUUGUUAGUAACAUUUUCAUGUCCUUCAGAGUCUCACAGAUAAAGCGAGAAGAAAAUCCUCACCAGUACAGACACACCUUCCUAAUGACAAAACAAAAUUGAAUGGGAAAGUGUUGACAAGGCUGUGAGCUUGGUUUGGUUUAGCCACGUUAGCUGCCAUUUACUUGAGUCAAUCUUGGGCUUAUUGAGAAAGUGACUGGAACUUUGGGAGACACGUUUUGAGAGGUUUUCAUUAAGAAAGAAAAAUAUAUUAAAGAAAAUGUAAUUUUGUUUUUAAGAGCGAAUGUUGUGUAUAAUAAGUAUUUUUCUGUUGUCCAUUGUGUUAAAAUAUUGAACAUGAAAAAGAAUAUAGAUGUCUUUAAUAUUAAACUUUUAUACUUGUUUGUGCUUAAGGCAGGUUUGCACUUGUGUCCAAGUGGACCAUCAGUGGAUGAGUUCAAUAAUAUUGGCAUUGCUAGCAGAGUAUUAAAAAUAAUAAAUGUACAUUUUGUAUUGAAA